UAAGUCUGUGAACUUGGAGUGAGUGAAUGUCUACGCAACCGGUAUACUCGUAUACCUCCCAUUUUUAAUCUGAAAGAUACUCUUUUUAACUGGUGAAUAUCUUUAGUAAUUGCUUCUGAACUAAUAUUUUCCUCUUGAACGUAUCAACCCUCCUGAGUGCAACCCCCCGAUAAUGUCAAAAAAAGAUGGAUUCACGCCGAAAUUUCGUAGAUGCUAGCUUGGUGCUGUGACUAUGUUUUCGAUAAGAUAAUAGAAUGUUGUGUAAUUUGGAUUUCGGUGCUAAGUUCGCGGUUUAAACCAAGAUCGACGCCACGCAAAGCAGUAGUGUUUGUUUUGACUCGGAGUGUCCCACACGGUUUUGGUGCUGCACGAUCCAGCGGUCCGACUAGCCAACAUGAAACCUGUUGUCAACAUCAUAUUCGAUGAGAAUGCCCAUGGGGUCUACUAUAGUGGCCAGGUUGUCUCUGGGAAGAUUGAAGUGAUCUUCUCGCAUUCCAAAAAAGUUCGCGGUAUUAUUCUGAACAUCAUCGGACUAGCUUCGGCACAAUGGGUCAUGAGGGCAUUUGCUGGGAGAAGUCGGAGGAGACGACGAUUUACAGGCAAAGAAAUAUACCUUUCAUCUAGCCAAUAUAUUUACGGUUCAAGCCAUGCACCUCCAGCCGUCAUCCAGCCUGGGUCAUACACCUACAACUUUUCUUGUCAACUGCCCUACGAGGUGCCUUCUUCAUUCGAGAGCCCUUACGGUCAUAUCCGGUAUUCAGUCAAGGUGGUCUUGGAUAGACCCAAACGGUUUGAUGAUAGUUUCACGAAGAAUUUCACCGUUCUGAAAGCGCUGGACUUGAAUUAUGAACCACCAGCAAUAAGAGUGGUAACUGAAGCGCACAUGUCGAAAGCCUUCUGGGGUGGUUUAAGUACAAAUCCACUAAAAUUGAAAGCUUCCAUACCACAAGCAGGUUUUGUCCCAGGGCAGACUAUACCAAUUCACGCUGAUAUUGACAAUACCAGCAACAUUCCUGUCUCAAGAGUAUAUUUUUGUAUUAAUCAAAUAAUUCAUUACUCUGCGGAUCUACCGUAUCCCAGUACGAAGACCCAUGUGUCACGUGUAGCAAGUGCAAAGGUAGUCGAAGUGAUUGGGCCGAAGGAUUCGGCACAAUUUGAUCAAAAUCUAGUUGUACCACCUAUUGCGCCAACUAGUCCGCCUUACGCUAGAGUUGUAAAGGUUUCAUACGAAAUAAAGGUUGAAGCUGUUGUUGCGGGAUUGCAUAGAAACCCAGUAGUAACUAUUCCGAUAAUUUUGGGAACAGUGCCACUGAUUGGAGCUUCCCCAAAGGAUUUGGAAAUGAUGUAUGCGCAGAAUAGCGUGGCUGAGCCAACCCCAUCAACAUCAACAGCGCCUCCAGUCGUCGCGGAAACAGAUAUGUCCGGUCCAAAUAUACCCCCUCCGUCAUAUGAAGAAGCAAUGUUAAUGGAGCGCUCACAAGUAGCAGACGAAGGGCAAGAACCGUCAAUACAAACUGAAUUUACUCCGCGAUACCCUGUUUACAGCUCAAUCCCUUUGGUAGUGGAACGUACCCCGCCGGAAAAUGAUACGACAAAAGAGAAAAUUGUUCCCUGUUGAUCUAAUGAUGUUUCGAAUACACAAAUUUACGAAAUUAUGUUUUGAUAUUUUCCUUUA